AUGGGUCGAAUAUUCCUUGAUCACGUAGGUGGUGACCGACUGUACGCGUGUGCUGCGUGCGACACUAACCUGACUAACCGAGAUGAGUUGAUUAGUACCAGAUUCACAGGUGCAACAGGUCGUGCAUUCCUAUUCAACAAAGUUGUAAAUCUCAAUUAUAGUGAUGUGCAAGAUCGAGUAAUGUUAACUGGUCGUCAUAUAGUCAGAGAUGUAUCCUGUAAAAAUUGUGACACCAAAUUAGGAUGGAUAUAUGAAUUUGCCAUGGAAGAAAAUCAGCGGUAUAAAGAAGGACGAGUUAUAUUAGAAAGGGCAUUGGUUACCGAAGGAGAUGGUCUUGAACAUGAAAUAUAA